AUGGGUAUCGGCAAGAAGAAAGGAAAGAGUGGCAUUGCCACGCAGUAUGUCACCCGCGUGCGGGCCAUGAAGAAGCUGCAAGUGAGCCUGCAGGACUUUCGUAAAUUGUGCAUCUUGAAGGGCGUAUUCCCCCGUGACCCUCCCAGCACGAAGAAGCUCAAGGGCAAGUCCAAGACGUACUACCUCAAGAAGGACAUCUUGUUCCUCAUGCACGACCCGCUGUUGAUCAAAUUUCGUGAGAAGCGGGCCUUCUCCAAGAAGAUCGGCCGGGCCAAGGGUCGCAAGGACAAGUACACCCUGAAGCGCCUCCGCAAUGCCCUCCCCACCUACCAACUCGACCACGUCGUGCGCGAAAGGUACCCGACGUUCGUGGACGCGUUGAGGGACCUGGACGACGCUCUGAGCCUGGUGUACCUGUGGGCCACGCUUCCGCCGUCGCAAAAGAUCCAUGCCAGUCGCGUGCGUAACUGCAAGCGGCUCGCCAAGGAGUUCCAGCACUUUGUCACCGUGUCCCACAGCCUCCGCAAGUCCUUCCUCUCCAUCAAGGGCAUCUACUACCAGGCCGAGGUGCAGGGCCAGCCGCUCACCUGGCUCGUCCCCUACCGCUUCAGCAACUACGUGCCCAAAGACGUGGACUACAGGGUGAUGAUCACCUUCCUGGAGUUCUACGAGACCCUGCUGGGCUUCGUGCUCUUCCGCCUCUAUUCCGGAUUGGGUCUUCACUAUCCCCCCGUGGCCGACCCUGCCACCGGGGCUUUUCCGCUCCCGACGGCCACCAACGAAACCUCUCCCGAGGAAAGGGAGGAGGCAGACGACACCUACACGGAAGAGAACACGGCCGCCAAGCUGGAGAGCGAGGCGCGGGGCGCGAGUGCCACAGAGCCCACGGCGCAGCAGAGCGCCUACAACGACCAGCACGGGAAGCUGUUCGCCGGGCUGCAUUUUUGGGCAUCUCGCGAGACACCGAGGGAGUCUCUCGAGUUCGUGGUCAAGAGCUUUGGUGGUCGCAUCUCCUAUGAGCGAGAGGACGAGCGGCCCGGUAGCGAGGACCAGAGCGACGCGAGCAUUACCCACGAGAUAGUGGACCGACCGCCUGAGCAGCUGAAAACGUUCGCGAACAGGGAGUACGUGCAGCCGCAGUGGGUCUUUGAUAGUGCCAACAUGUGCCUGCUCCUUCCCGUGCACGAAUACGCUCCCGGAACCACAUUGCCAGCUCACCUGUCGCCCUUCGUGAACGAUGAAAUCGAAGGCUACGUACCAGCCCGUCGCGAACAGCUGCUUGCCCUCAAAGCACAGGCCCCCAUCGUCUCCGCCUCCGGAGGAGACUCUUCACAACGGCCGCUUAGCGAGGAAGAACAAUUGCGUGCGAUGGAGGAGGAGUACAGGGCCAGCCUGCAACGUGAAAAGAAGGCGGAUGUGCCCACCGAUGAGGAGCUGGCCAAGGUUCGGGCCAAGAGGAGGCUGCCCGACACCACCGCCAAAGAGGAGGAGGAGGCUCGGUUCAUGCUCCUCUCCAAGAAGAAGAGGAAGAUGUGGGUUGGCUACAAGAAGGCCAAGACCCGAGAGGCUACGCGUACCCGCCGCCUCCAGGAGAAGAGAGCCCACAUUGAGAGUUCCACACAGUAA